CCAGUCACUUGGUUCACAGCGCGCCGCCAGAAGACUCGGCACCGCAGCGGAGAACGGACGCACCGGCCGCCCCUGCCUAAUCGUCAUUGUUUUAUUCCUAAUCAAAACAAUAUCAUGCAACUGAGAAGAAGCUAUUGCGCGCUGCUCGCCAGCUUAGCGUGCUUCUCAGUGGCGCACGUCAGUGCCAAGGAGGAAAAACUCAAAGUUGAGACUGUGUCCGUACCUGAUGGCUGCACCACCAAGUCCAAGUCGGGCGACAUGCUCACCAUGCACUACACGGGCACCCUCAACGACGGUACCAAAUUCGACUCCAGCCACGACCGUGAUCAACCAUUCACAUUCCAGCUUGGUGUGGGUCAAGUGAUCAAGGGCUGGGACCAAGGUCUGACCGACAUGUGCGUCGGCGAGGUCCGCAAACUGACCAUUCCUCCCAGCCUGGGCUACGGCGAUCGUGGAGCCGGAAGCGUCAUCCCUGGAGGUGCUACUCUGAACUUUGAAGUGGAGCUCAUCAGCCUGGGUGACUCGCCACCACCUGUCAACGUUUUCAAAGAGAUCGACGAGAACAAGGACAAACAGUUGUCGAGGGAGGAGGUGAGGCAAAUGGUUAGCAGCUAUUUGAAGAAGCAAGUUGCUGAGCAGGAGGGAGGAGAAAUCAGCGAGGAUGUCAAGAAAAUGAUGCAGGACCAGGACAAGUUGGUCGAAGAGAUUUUCCAGCAUGAGGAUAAGGACAAGAACGGAUUCAUUUCUCAUGAUGAGUUCUCUGGUCCUAAACACGAUGAGUUGUAAAAUGACUGAAAUUUGUUUUCACUCAAGUUUAAUUUUGGGCUCUCGUUGUAUCAAAUGGCUCAUAAGUUCAAAAGACAUUGUUGUACGAAUACCUAAUUUAAAAAUAAAAUGUUUGAUCAGCCCUUUCUUUAUGUUGAUUACAGUAAAAGUGUAUUUCAAAUUUUUAAUGACUGCACUCUAAUAAUUUGCAAAAAUUGGUUCCAACUCAAUCACUCGUCACAGCAUAUCAUGAAAUUUGCAUGCAGUUGCUAAAAUAUCUUUUUGCAAUUGUGAACAAAAAUUAAUUAGUACGAAAAUUGAUGUAAGGAAAAAACGCAUCGUAGAAGGGUAAACAUUAUGUGUGUACUUCCUGUUUGGAAUGUAAUAAUUAAAGCUGAAACACGAAACUUAUCCUGCUCAUUGAGUAUACCACUGUGAAUUUAGAAGCAUUGAUGACUUGAAUGUUCAUAGUGUACGGAAAUUUUUUGUAAAGCUAUAUUAAACUAAGUUUUUCAUAAAAAAA